UCCCGGCGCCUUCCUGCGGCCGCCGCUCCCGCUCCGCUGCUCCGGCCCGGCCAUGCGGCGCCUUCUCCUCCUCCUCUUUCUCCUCGUCCCGCACCUCGGCCGCGCCGCCGCCCCCAGCCCGGGGAACAGCACGGAGCCGCCGCGGGCGGCCGCAGGGAACGAGACGCAGUCGGGGUCGGAGCACGAGUCCGGGCCGGAGCACGAGUCCGGGCCGAGGCUGUCGGUGGGGUUGGGGCUGCCGGUGCUGAGGCGGGCAGUUUAUGUGCUGAGCGCUCUCUCGGCGCUGGCUGGGCUCUACUUCGUGCUGCGGGCGGUGCGCCCCAGGUCCGAGGGCCCAAGAAACGAGCCCAAAACUCAUUUCAGGUUGAAGAAGCCCCAGAGGAAGAAGUACGGGCUGCUCUCGAGCCACGAUGAGAACAUCGAGCUGGGGUCCCUGGACAGUGAUGAGGACACCCUGUUUGAAACACGGAACCUGAGGCGAUGACCAGUGGCACCGGCUGCCCGGGCUGAUGGAGGGUCCAAUCCCAGUGGAAUCUCCAGUGCUCAAGUUUCAUAUCUGCUUACAGUGACUCUUAAUUAACAGUUCGAGCCCUUCCAUGGCUGGGGCAGGGGAAAGGGGACCAAACUUGUUUUCUUCACGUGCAUUCUUGGGGACAUUUCUGGGGAAAGAUGGGAGCUGUUCACUGCAUGGGGAGAGGCUGAGGUAAGGGAGAUGCUCCUGGAUGAUUUUCAGCACCUGAAAUCCGAGCUCUGAGCUCCAGAGCUGCCCCUGUGCCUCAUAUCCCUCUCUCCUUGCCCUGGAAGCAUCAGAUUCCUUUUCCAUGCUGAUCCUCUUUCCUUCUUGCAAGAUCAGGUUGCUUCUUUGGGAAGUGUCUCUGUAAUCAGCUCCUGGGAGGAGCUGGGAGAGCUCUUGGUGUCUGUUACACAAACAGGGGUGGGAGGGUGAUAGUUCAGACAGAACAGCUUUGGGAAUGAGUUAAACGAGUUAAAUUUUGCAGGAUUAGCAGUUACUGAGAUAAUCCUGGUCAUUCAUGGGUUUACUGAUGUGUUUACAAAUGAAAGGGGCCACAACCCAAAGGAAUAUUUCUCCAGAAGAGCCACCAAAAGGGGAUGGGAGUGCCCGGACUCUGCCCAGCCCCACCCCUGUGACACCAGGGACACUGUGUGACAUCUGCCAAGCUCUGGAUUUGAGAUACCUGAGGAAGAGCCAGGUGUGAGCCAGGGAGUGUCUUGGAGCAGCUGAUGACUGGAAAAGGGGGACUCCAACCUCUCUUGACUGUGAUUCAGGGCAGCCCUGGCUGUGAGUUAUCUCCACUCAAGGACCCUGGAGUUUCAAUCCCUUUGUUAAGUGGGUAUUUGGGAUCUGAUUGUGUAGGACCAAAGGUGAAUGUGUCAGGAGGUUGUUGCUGCGUGGAUCUGCUGCUAAAACAGUGAAAACUGCUCGCCAAGUGCUCCUUUCCUUAGAAACUGGCAGCACAUCCUUAAAUCCCACUUCUCCCCAAGCUGGUAGUGCCUUUGUUUGGAGAACCCGAGGGAUUUGCCCUGCGGGCAGGGAGGUCUCUGUGGCACCUUUAGGGUGAAUAUUUGGAAUGUCUUUGGCUCCUUUCCUUUGGCUUGCAAAUCCCCUGUGGAUCAGGGGGCACAGGUGACACUUGGAGAAGGGACAGGGAUGUGCUGAUCAGGGAGGGGCCGGGGGGACUGGCAGCUGCUCCGGGAUCCCCGAGGCAGCAGAGGGAGUGCUGUGAUCCUGCUGUGAUCCUGGCCACGUUUGUCUGUUCGGGACCAGGUGAGGUUUCCUGGAGAAAUCCCACCCCUGCGGCAGCUCCGUCUGCACGUGCACGAAGGAUUUUACAUAUAUAGAUAUAUUUUUAAUAACGCUGCCGUGUGCACACAGUGCUUGGAUGUGCCCUGUUUUCCUGUCGUUUGGACCCUUUCACACCUGUUUUGGGGUGUUCUCUGCUUGUGUGGCUGCUGCAGUUGGGAGCAGGCAGAGGUUCCAUGUGGGAAUUGCUGGGAUGGCUUCACCCGGCUGCAGCUUCCCUGGGGAUGAUCCGAGCUCUGUGAUCCAUGGUCAGGGAUCUCUUGAUCCUGCAGGGCUGCACGUGCUGGUAAUUCCCUGGCUCUUCAAUUCCCUCUGGAGAGUCGUUCCUUGUGCUGUUGAAGCCAGAUGAGCCCGACUGUCCCAAUCCACUGCCAUGCUCAGUGUUGGACCAACACAUUCCUUGACCUUCCUUUACCUGGAGUGAUGAACCUGAGCAUUCCUUAGGCUCCCCUCUUGUUGGACAGGUGAGCUUUGGAAUUCUCAAAUUUCCUCACCUCGCAGGAGUGGAGGAUUUGUUUAUUGUUAAAUGAUUUGGAUCAGAGGGAACCUCAAGCCUGAUGUCCUGCCUUGAAAAUAAUUCUGCUGGAAUUUGGUUUUGCUGGAACAGGUGUUUGUGUUUGAGCAGGGAAAGGUGUGGAGCAGGUAAUGAGGUGCCUGUGCUGUGCUCUGUAGGUACCAGGGAAGGAAAUUGAAGUGGCAGCCUGGAAUUUCUGCGCCACUUCCAUGUUUUCAGAGUCCUGCCAGCCCCCUUUGAAGAGUGCAGGGUACAAAGGUGCUUGUGGGGCUGUCACUUGUUCUGGUCCUGUUUGGGCUGGGGACAGCUUGGAGCUGUAAUCAGGGACCCUGUGAAAGCUGCUUCCACUUCCAUUCUGCCCCUUGGCAGCAGUUGGCAUCUGGAUUUGCCCUUUGUGGGCCGUGACAUUCCAUCCCUGCCCUGCUCUGAGUCGUUUUCUAAGAGGAGAAAACCAAGUCACAGACCUGAGACUCCUUGGGGUGCUCAGUACGAUCCCAUUUCUCCAGGAGGAACCAACUGGAGCUGUCACAUCUGCAGUGUGAUCAGUGCCAGGCCAGGGCAGGUUUUUUUGGGGUGGAUCCUAAAAAUAACAGCAGCUUUGAACACCUCACGUGACAUUUCCACAAAGGAGCAGUUCAGGUGUUCAUUCCAUUACUCUUUCAGUUCCUCCACGUGUGUUUGAUACCCUCAUUUUAGGUCUCUUUGCACCAGUUGGAUCUUCCAGUACCUUUCCAGUUUUAGUUUUUCAGGCUAAACAUGGGGAUGCAACCAGACCUGCCUGUGCCUGGCCCUGGGCAGGCUGAGGCCUCACCAGCCACUGCUGCACUUUUCUUUCUCCGGGAUGAAUCAGGGUGCUGGUGGCAGGCUCCGUGUGCCCGUUGGUCUGCAGGAUUCCUGCUCAUCCCAGCCAAAAGGAGCCGAUGGACCACGACCUGUGACAGUCACCACCACCUGUGAGCGUCACGAGUGACUACAACAGUCUGCUCUGAAUUAAGCCAAAGCCAAAUUCCAAAGUUUACUUAAUCCCUCUGUCAUUUUGGAGAUUUUAUGGGAUGCUCUGCUGCUGAUACCGACCUGCCCAAACCGCCUGGGCCAUCUGCAGGGUUAAUGGGAUCCAUGGGAGCGGGGUGAGAUCAGCUCUGCCGUUGUGUUCUGUGCCUGGCGUGGGAUCUGCAGCACUGGGAGUGCUGGGAGAGGGGCCUGUGGUGGGAGCCCUGGAGUCAAUAAACAGCACUUGGGCGCAUUGUUGUCUGAA